GUGAGAAAAAGAUUUUGGAAAGAUCCAUUAGCCUCAUCUCUAAUGGUCAUUUUUUUGGCAGAGAGGAAAGAUUGUGAACAACCAAACUACCGUACUACUACGGCAUAGCUACAACAACAACCAACCCACCAUGGACUGUGUGAUCCCUGGUCACUCGUUUCGUUGCUUCACAGGUGCCAUUCAAUGUCUGAGCAAGAUUGGCAAGGACUUGUAUGUGGAUUUUGAUCCCAUGGAUGGACUGGUGCUUCGAACGCUCAAUGACGCCAAGUCGGCAUUUUGUGUGACAGAAUUCAGUCCGCCCUUUUUCGAACGGUGUACGGCUCCCGUCAUGGCUGCUACUACCACUAGUGGUCGCAAGCGCAAUCAUUCCACGGCGAGUAGUAGUACUUGUAGUCAGGGAAAGAGAUUCAGUUGUCGCGUCCCCAUGAAGGCAUUGGGACAAGUGAUUCGGCCGCGCAAGAAUAUCGUCACGGUCCGCAUCAAGAGCGAAGGACAUGACGGUGAUACCCAAACUCAAAAUGAAAAUGCCUCCUUGCUAUUGGCUUUUGAAUUCCAAUUGGAAAUUCCAAACAACAACAAUAACAGUCACAACCAGUACAAACAACAACCCACAUGGUGCAAAGUCAUUCAUCGCCUGGGAGUGGAAGAAGUCGAUAAUAUCUGUGCCGUGGCACCCAAGGAAGAGUGUUCGGAACUCGUAGCGGCACCCAAGCUACUGCACAAAUGGCUGGAACCCAUUGGAAAUAAUCGAAACGAUGCCGAAGGAUGCAUCAUUGUCACACGAGAUGCCGAUUUGGUCGUCGCCACAUCCUUCAAUUCCACCGAUACCGUCGGGCUGACCACAUUGGCCAUUCAAAAUGGAAAACAACGCACCCUCAAGACGGAAUCCUGUCUUCGGCUAGAAGAUCUAGAGGAUUUCGAUUUCCGAGAUGGACGAACGUUGCCACACAGCAGCAGCAGUCAACCAGAACGCAACAACAAUAGUGCCUAUCCACCACAAUGUCCCAUGCCACUCAAUGUCAAUGACGAAGUCUGUCUCGUAUUUGGAAUCAAAGAAGCCAAGGCAUUCUUGCACUUUUGUACACAACAAGCUUCCAACAGCAAUAAUCGAUGGAAUAAUGAUCAGUCCACUAUGGAUCUCGACAAUAGUCGCAUUCACAGAAAUCCAUGGUCCGUUGCCAUGGCGUAUCACUGGGCCGGGCGGCCACUGAUCUGGGAAGCCAAGGCGGCCAGUGUCUCCAUACAGCUGGUACUCGCAACGCUCAGUCAUACCAUUCUCAAGGAUUUGCCCGUCAUGAAAAAUCGAGCCGCACAAUCGCAACAACAAUUGCCAGCACAGCAACGACGACAAUCCGUCGAUCGGAACCGACGAAAUUCGGCGUGAUUUUGGAUAGAAUGGAAAUACAUCAUGACUCAAUGAAGACUUGAAAAAGACAGGUAGGUUGACUUGGGAGGAGCAACCCAGCGGAAAAUUGGGUCUCUGUGACUGAUGCCGGUAGAUCGAUGGGUAGCGAAGCUGAUGGCUGCACAAGUACUACACAUACUAGCUAGUAGUCUAUUUCGAAACGGAGACAAGCUCUCGAGAGCAUACUGGACCGUUCUUUAGUAGUUUGGUACCGUACUAGCUAUGUACCGGUAGGUUUUGACUUGCCACUACAUGUAGCUAGAAGCUGGAGAAUAUCAAAGCCCCGCGAUGGCUACAGCGAGGCAAUUCCAUAGAACCUAGAAAUAGUAGCACAAACUAUGUAGCACUCUCGUCAA